AUGUCUCUCCUCAAACAGAGGUCCAGGCGGUCCACCCUGCCUCCGUACUCCAACAGGACCCUGCACCACCCCUCUUCCUGCCUCUGUACAUGGCUGCAGGCUUUCCACACCAUCACACGGACUUUAACAGCCAAACUGUCCCCCCCAUCAUCCCAACAGAGUUUUUCUACACUGACCCCACCAUGGUCUGUGGGAGGAGGGUCCCCCAACAUAGUGAGUGACUUGGUUUUCGAUUGCUUCCAGCUCAACACUCCUCCACCAGUUAUGUCUGCCUGCCUGGCUCCACCAGCCCGUCCAGACCUGUUCAGAUCAGCAUCACACCCCACCAGGGAUCUGGGAAGCCUCACCUUUAGAAUAAAUACCCUCCACGUUGCAGCACACCCAAACCGGGUCAUCCUCCAGCUCACCCAGGAGGAGGACCAGGCCCUCACUCACCUCCUGAAACUGCACCACCAAGAGCCUCUACAGAGCGACGAGAGCCUCGGUGCUCCACCUACGGACUUGAACCCUAUCUUGUUCCUUCACUCUGAACCCAUGGAUCCAGCUGAGAGAGUAUGUGAGUCCUUCUGGAGUGAUGUGCAGCAUCAGCGUGAGGCCAGUUUACAAAAUCAGGUGCAGCAGGGAAGAUGCUGGUCGGAUUCAGAGCUCGAGGCAGCCAACACCCUCAUGAGUCGCUUCAGCCUGAUGGAGGAGGACAAAAUCUGGGGCCAAAACCACGAUAAAUCAGCAGUAACACUUUCUGAUGCUGUGCCAUACCAGUGUCAUGAGGACUCGUCAAUAAGCACUGAAAGCCAACAAAGUUUCGAGACCUUGCCUGCAUCAAUAACUCACGCUUGUGCCCAAAACAAUAUUGGAUACAUUGACUUUUGUCGUGCCAGGACAAAAGGAAGGCAAGACUUGGGGGAUUUUGGAUUUUUGGAUGGAAGAAGCGCAGGUGGUCGUCUGCCAGUUCAGUCUUCACCUUCCUCAAACUCAAAGUGCAGAUCGAGCGCCGCUGGAGAUUUUCCAGAAGUGAAGGAACAGAUGCUGUCAGAGUCAGAGGAAGAUGCCGUGAACGUGCUCCUGAGCCUCGGAGAGAUGGAAGCGCUGGAUGUCGUGCAGUGA